UGUUCGUCAAGUCAGUAGUAGAAAACAAGUGAACAUGUUACCAAAUAUGAAGUUAAUAUUAUUGGUAUCCAUCUUGGCACUAUCAUUAACUGUAAAAGCAGAACCCGCUGUCAUAUACAGUGGACUAGUGCCAUCACCGUUAACUUCUGCUGCCCUGGUAGCACCAGGCCCAACUCCGCUUGUUGCUCCAGUCGCCCCUUUACCCCCCUUAUCCCCAAUAUCGACUACAGUCCAAUACAGUCCAAUAUCCUCAUAUAGUCCUAUCUCUCCAUAUAGUCCAAUAUCUCCAUAUAGUCCACUGGCCUCAUAUUCAGUUGGCCCAAUAUUAUCGGAUUAUAGAUAUAGCUACAGUUCGUCUUACCAAGAUUAUUUACCUAUAGUUAAUUCAGCAUUAACUCUACCAUAUAGUAGUUAUAGUCUCCCUUACGCUUAUUCUGCGGACUGGUUUUAUCGCAAGUAAACGAAGAUAUACAAACGAAAUUUAUAAUGACUUGUGUAACUAUAAAGCUGGACCAUUGAUAGUAAUUAUUAUUAUUAUUAUAUAAGUAGGUAUUUAUUUUGUUGUUGUUUAAGGGUUAAUUGAAUAAUAUAAUUAAUAAAAUAAAUUGGAUCAAGUUUGGUCUCUAACACAACAUUGUAGAGUUAUUUUAUUAUCCUUAAUAACCGUGAGUUUGUUUAGGAGAUAGGUCUAUAAUAAUAUUAUGAGACAGAUGUCACAUGUUACUUAACUUGUUUUGGUGAAUUUACGUUCUCACUGCACAAAAUCGUGUAAAUUCUUUGACAUAAUAUUUCAAGAUUUAUAUGAAGGCUAUGACCAACAAAUUCCAUUUCAACAAAUUACCAUACAAAAAUUUAAACGCAGUUCAAUAUUGUAUGACAAUGUUUUGUCAAUGUAAAGUCAUGGUGCAACGCCUUGUAAUGAAAUAAUGGUUUGAUAAUGAAAUCAGUGAUGUGCCUAAGGAUUUUCUCAAGAUAAACUAACAAUAAAUUUAUUAUAAUUUAAUUUAUGAUAAGCGACGAUGACCUCGUGGUUAAGACGUUGGGCCUUCUGUUCAGGGUAUCGAGGUUCAGUCUCGGGAUGGCUUUCGAACAAAAGCUUUCGGAUUUACAAGUAGGCAAGUACGGCUAAUAAAAUUAAAAAUAUCAGUGGCUUUGACGGUGAAGGAAAACAUCGUUAGGGAACCUGGACACCUGAGAAUUCUCCAUGAAGUUCUCAAAGGUAUAUGAUAUCUGCUAAGCCUAAUAAUAAUAACAUGAAAUGAACUUUUCUCAUUCUGACAGGAGACCCGUGCUCAGUAACGAGCCGGUAAUGAAUUGAUAUGAUGAUGGUGAUGAUGAAUUUGAUUUAUGUAGAUUCCUAUGUAUCCGUACAAAUAAGAGUCAUGGCGCAUCAUAUCUAAUGAAAGAUUCUCAAAAUGAAUAAAACGAAAAAGUAUGCGAAAAAAUUUAUUUACACGUAAAGCAUAUCGAUACCAAUUUCUAGCAAAUGUCUGAGUAUUUAAAGCCACAUCUUAACUUGUAAAUGACAACAUUUAAGAAUAUUCUUUAAAAUGAAUUUCAGGAUAAAGACGGAAGAUAUGUAAAUAAUUGUGUCAUUUAACAAGCUCGAGUUGUAGUUUUAUAGGGCGGUGUUAACGAAGGUAAUAUCCUGCAUUGUAGGCGUAUGGGAAUGCAGCUGCGGCGUAGGGUGCGUAGGCAGCGGCGGCGUAGGGGUAAGCAGCUGGGUACGCGCCGGCAGUGUAGGCCCACACUUGGGGCUCAGGUUUGGGGAGGGCGAAAGCCACAGCCACAAUGGCGAGGAA